GGCGGACCGGCCUCCCUGUCACACACGGAGGGAAGGAAGGAAGGAAGCGCCCCCGACCCGGAGGCGGACCCUCUGCAGCCCGUUCGUGAACCUCGCGGCGAGUCUGUACCCGAUCUGCCCGUUGCUCACGCUCUUUUAUUCUGAAUUGGAAAAAGGUGAAUAAAUGGUCUAGGAACUGCAUGAAGUAAUGAACAGAUAGAUAUUCUUGCAUAACCAUAGGUAUCUUGCAGUGAAGAAUUUGAUAGUUUGCAUUGAAGGGCCAGUCCUAUAAAUACCACUGGGGACCUCUCCAUAAGAUUUACGGAAGAUCUGAGAGGAGAAGUGAGACUAAUGCCUUUUCUUGAUGUGCAGUCUGGAAGUAGCAUUUAUGAAUCAAAUUAUUCGACCUCAGCAAGUAGAAGUGCACUCUGCAAGAGAAUAUUUGAAGUAAUUUUCAUGUUCAGAAGUCUUGAAAGACAUUCAGUACAAUUUCACUUUUAAAAUAUAAAUUGUCAACAAACAUGGAAGUGUCUCAUUCUGUCAUCUUGAUAACCUAGGUUUUGUGAAAUGCUCUUUCAAAUGUAACCGCCAUUUUUGAAGGGAAUGCCACUCUACAGAGUGGUGUCCUGUAUAAAUURUGUGAUUUGCAGCAGGCUGACACGCCGUGUCUGAAAGGUGAAGACAGCCUUGCCUUUACAGAAGUAAAGGCGCACUGAUGUGGCAGCGCCCUGCAAGCACCUCGGUUCCCCGCAGCUGUGCCCUUGGAGGUUACGGGGCCUGCGCUGCGUUCAGCUAUGAAAUUUCUGUUGGUUUUUGAUUUUGACCAUACAAUCAUAGAUGAAAACAGUGACACCUGGAUUGUGAGAUGUGCUCCUGAGAGAAAACUUCCUAAUGGAUUAAGAAGCUCCUACCAACCGGGACAUUGGACAGAAUAUAUGGGCAGAGUCUUUGUCUAUUUGGGAGAUAAUGGUGUCAAAGAAGAUGAGAUGAAAAGAACUAUGACAACAAUUCCUUUCACUGCAGGAAUGAUAGAUCUUCUGGGAUUUAUUGGCGAGAACAAAGAGUUGUUUGAUUGCAUAAUCGUUUCAGAUUCUAAUACAGUAUUUAUUGACUGGAUUUUGAAAGCUGCUGACUUCCAUAAAGUAUUUGAUGAAGUGUUUACAAACCCUGCAGCAUUCAGCAGUACUGGCUAUCUUACUGUACAGCAUUUCCAUGCUCACCAUUGUGCAAARUGCCCUAAAAACCUUUGCAAAAGGCAAGUUUUAAAAGAAUUUUUAGACAAACAGUUGGAGCGAGGAGUAAGUUAUACACAAAUUGUAUAUAUAGGUGAUGGUGGGAAUGACUUAUGUCCAGUAAUGUUUUUGAAGAAGAAUGACAUUGCUAUGCCCAGGCAGGGGUAUACCUUGGAGAAAAAGAUUUCUCAACUGGCCCAAAGUCUCACUCCUGUACAGUGUUCUGUUCUGGUUUGGUCAUCUGCGAUUGACAUUUUGUCUUACCUGAAACUACUUAUAAAGGAAUGAGUAAAAUGAUAAAAGGAAAUGAAUGCAGUUACAUUUUAAUUUCCUGGGAGAGAAACAUUGCAUGUGUUUAAAAGCUCAAGAUUGUAAAACUGGGCUAUUACCUGAAAUURCAUUUUUUAAAACACAACAUAAAUCUGUCAUGUUCAAUCUUGGUAAUGAAGGGAAAGUGAAGUAAAGAAGACCUUCUAACAUAGUACAGAUUCCAAAAUAAGUGGACUUGGAAAAGGACUUGUYAUUAUUUUUAGUCUCCAGCCCUUUACCAACCAUAUAACUGACCUUUGUACUCCUACACACUUAGAGCAAGGAGGAAAUUCCUUACUUAGGAAACACUGGGUGCCAGGAGCAUGGUUCUAGAGUUGUUGGCUUUUAUACUUCUUUGAUGGCAAAUUAUUUGCUUGUAAUCUUGUUUAAUCUGAAUUAAACUUGUUUAAUCCGAUUGAAAUUUAUAUUUUGAAUCUACUAAAUAUUUUACCAAACAAAAUAACUUUUUUUAUAGUUUGUAUUAUCUUGUAAAGACAAUAAAAUUUGCUGUCAUUGACAAAUGCAACACAACUAAUUUGUGUCAUGUAUUCUGCUGGCCUGUGUGUCAUCAGGCACCUGUUCUUGUAAGGGCCUGGAGAGAGCWGACACAGGUUUAGGUGUCAGCCUUUGGCCAGUCAGACCUUUUCUCUUCUGGAAACCUGUGAGGAUGUUGCUCCUUUGUUUAAAGAAAAGUCUCUCUCCCAUUCUGACUACUUCCCUGACAGCGUGCUGCUGCCACUCUGUASAGAGCUAACAAUGGUUUGAUCUUCCAUGCUGACAGCUCUGAGUCAGCCAGAUGACUUUUUCUUCCUUGGUUUCUGCUGCAGUGCACAGGCCACAGAAUGGUACCUAUAUAUACUUGUUUACACUGAUUUUACCUAUUGAUUCUCAUCUAUAUCUAUAAUACAAUCUCGUAUAAGCUGGAAGGGAAGAUCUAUGUUCAUUUUAACUUAUAAACAGAAUUGUUCUGUCUUUAAGUAGUAUUAAGGAAUCAUUUGUGAACAUGCGGCCUUUAUCAGUGACAGUGAGAUGAGCCCCAAGUGUUGGACUGUGCAUACAAAGGUAUUAAAAAUAAGCCUCAUUAAAGUUAAAUAAUGGGUUUUCAUGUCAAACGUUUUYGUUCUUAUAUCUCACAAAAGGUUCAAAAUGAUUGUGUAGUCUGCUAUUAGACUGAGGUCACUUUUAGCUUAAGUGCUCUAAUACCUGAGAGAUUAGUCCAACUUUCACAGCACCUCAGUUGCAGAUGUCUAAGAUGUAGCUCAGCAGCCUGCAGUUGCCAUUUCUAUCUUCUUUUGUUUCCUGUGCAACACUGUUCUCCUUUUCUUAUGAACAUUUGAUGAUACCACUACCUUUUUUUUCCUUAAUUGAAGAUUUUUAAGUGGUCUUGCCUGUUUUCAGUCUGAUAGUAUAUAUAAAUUACCUCUUUGUACUUCCUUGUCUCACCUAUUUUACUGUCGUGUAGAAGGUUGAAAUCUGUUGCCUAAGAUGUCCAAAAUAAUAUAUUUGAGUUCUCAGGGGCCUUGUUUUAGUGAUGGAUACUUGACUGGUGACUGAGAUAUKCAUAUUCAGGAUCUUGCCCUAUUGUUUUGUGCAAGGGCACGAAGACAUCUAAGGACUGGUGUGUUUCAGGUUGUGGCAGGUUUAAGUUAUCUGGUCAUAAAAAGGAAUGGUAAUGGUUGUUGCAUAGGGUAAUUUC